CCCUGCUGUAGGCCUUCGCAUUUACCAGCUGUUCGCGUCCUUAUACAGUAACAGACACCAUACACAAAAAUGGCUCUUGCUAUCGCUCCAUUUAAGUGCUCGGCUCGCUCAGCUGUGCGACCAUGCGCAGGCCGGAGGAGCGCUGUGCGCGUCGUUGCAAGCGUAACUGCGGAAAAGGCAUCACUUGAUAUCACCAAGAUGACGCCGAUUCACGACCGCGUGCUCGUCCGCCCAAUUGAAGAGGAGAAGCGGACAGCAGGCGGCAUUUUGUUGCCCAAGGCCCCGCCGAAGGCCAACUCGGAUGCCCACAUCGGCGAGGUGUUGGCGGUGGGCAGCGACGUAUCUCUGGAGCUGGCCAAGGGAGAUGUGGUGGUGUUCCAAAAGUACGCCAUGGCUGAGGUGGAGGUCAAGGAGGGUCAAAUCCUCUUCGUGGCGGAGAAGAGCAUCAUGGGCAAGCUCGAAUGAGGGGCUCCCUCCUAGGGAGGUGGUCGUACACGCAGCACCCGGUUUUGCUUGGGGCUUAGUUCUGCAUGGGGUUUCAGCUCUUAGAACCUGAGAGGUUUGGUGGCUUUUUGGCAGUGCUUUGCUGGAUGUUAGGGGAGUGCAGGGGUAGCGCUUUGAUGUGGACGUGCAUUAUGGUGCUGGGGCAUAGGCCGAGCGGUUGGGUCGUGAGCAGGGCUGUGCAACUGGGGACGGAAUGAAAUGGUCAGGGAGCACUAGCAGCCCUGAAACACUGUAAAAUACCUGAACGGUUCGAGGCACGAGCUGGGG